AUGCCACCGAGAGCUAAGAAGCGUAGAAUGGCACAACCAGCAGCGACUGCCACACAGCAGCCAAGUGGUAGUCAGGCUACGGUGUCUGUGAAUUCCCAGACGUACUCGUCGACGGCGUCGGCAGGAUGUCCAGUACAUGUACCAAUACCACCGACCCAGGCUCCAUCAACUUCCGUUGUGGCGGAAGCGCAACCCAUGUUGACGACAAGUGCAGGGCCAUCCUUUGCACCGACCACCUCUGGAGCAACAAUCUCAACUCCAACAGAUGUUGGUACCACCCCUGCUCCUGUCCCAUCAAUACAUAUGAUUGGUAUGAAUGUUUCUAGCACAGUCAAACAACGUAUUAUUAGUGGGCAGUAUAUUGAUUUGGCCACAUUGGUAACACCAAAAUCAGGGUCUGAUGAAAAGAAAUUAGUUAUGAAUAGUAUGGGUGAGAUAAUUUAUAAAGAUGCCAACCCAAAAAAGGUAGAAAAUAUUGAGAAAUGGACUGACCUUAUGCUCAUAUUUGCAAGUGUGUACUUGAGUGCACAUCCCGCCAAGACUCUUGACCUACUUAAGUACAUACAGACCGUAAGAAUGGGUGUUAGCAGGGGGGCUAUAUCUUGGAAAGAAUAUGAUACGCAGUUUAGGCUGCGCAAAGAGCAAAAUCCUGUGUCUUCUUGGGGUGAAAUUGACUCGGAAUUAUGGUUGAUGUAUAUGCAUUCUGGGCCCGCUUAUAACGUAACAAAUGCACCCAAAACCAAUAAUGAUAAAUGCUUCAAUUUCAAUUACAAGGGAUCUUGUGACAAAUUCCCAUGCAUGUAUAAACACAGUUGUAUUCGAUGUGGUAGUAACCAUCCACAGAUACAUUGCCUUACACAAGCCUCAAACACUGGGUCCGCACAAAUAUUUCGCCAACAAAAUUCAAGUGGUCAAUUCUAUGGACAGUCAAGUUUUCGUCCACAAACCACCAAUGCAAAUACCAACUAUAAGGGGUAUUCAACCAAUGCAAAUACCAAUUAUAGGGGGUAUUCCAGCAGCAACACCCAGCGCCCCACCUACUCAAGACCAAGAUUCCGCACCCCGCAAUCUAUGGCGUCUAGGUUCAACGCCUAUUAAUGUACACGCCCUUAAAAAAUGUCUCGUCCACUAUCCUAACAGAAUCAUAGCAAAUCGCCUAAUCCAAGGGUUCUCUCAAGGGUUUAAACUUCAUUAUCAUGGGCCUAGAUUACCAAUUCAAUGUAAUAAUUUGAAAUCCGCGGACGAUCAUCCUAAUGAACUUAAAGAGAAAAUCGAUAAAGAAAUUGAAAUGGGGAGGAUACAGGGUCCUUUCACGAAAAUACCAAUUUCUAAUCUUAGGUUAUCUCCAAUUGGGUUAGUGCCGAAGGGGGAUAAUUUGGGCUGGCGUCUAAUAACGCACCUCUCUUUCCCGAAGUUUAGUAGUGUAAAUUCAUACAUAGAUCCUUGUGAAACUGCUGUACAAUAUUCAUCCUUUGAUUCAGUGAUUCAGAUGAUUGCUAAAUUAGGGAAGGGGGCUUUCAUAGGUAAGCGAGAUAUAAAAUCCGCAUUUCGACUUCUUCCAAUAUUUCCCGGCGAUUUUGAUCUCCUGGGUUUUAAAUUUCAGGGUAAUUAUUUCAUAGACAAAUGUUUACCUAUGGGGUGCUCCAUUUCGUGUAAGGUUUUCGAGGAUUUUUCUACAAUUUUGCAGUGGGCUACGAUACAGCGCUCUAAAACAUCAACAAUGGAUCAUUAUCUAGAUGAUUUUAUAUUUGCUGGGAGGGAUGCCCAUUCCUGUCAAGAUCUUAUGUCGAAUUUUCAAGACGUCUGCGAUGAUAUAGGUGUUCCUAUUGCCGAGGACAAAUCUGAAGGCCCUACUAUGGUUAUGACAUUUUUAGGUUUUGAGAUAGAUACUUAUCAUAUGCUAGUUAAGAUCCCCAAUUCAAAAUGCUUAGAGCUACAGGGUAUUUUAAACCAUCUCGUUGUUCAACGCAAGAUGACACUCCAACAAUUACAAUCUGUUUUAGGUAAACUGAAUUUCUUUACAAGAGCCAUAAGACCAGGUAGGGCAUUUCUGCGUCGGCUUUAUAAUGCUACAAUAGGAGUUUCAGAAUUACAUUAUCACAUAAGGAUAACUCAAUCAAUGCGACAGGACUUGUACAUGUGGAUUAAUUUUCUUGAAUCAUUUAAUGGGACUGUGUAUUUUUUAGAUAUUGAGUGGACGUCAGACAACAACAUUAAUUUUUACACAGAUAGUUCCGGUUCGUCUUACUUGGGAUGUGGUGCUUAUUUCAAAGGGGAAUGGUGUUUUUACCCUUGGCCAGAGACCUGGGCGUCCAAUGACCUACUUAAAGACAUGACCUUUUUAGAGUUAGUUCCGGUGGUCCUGGCCGUCUAUUUAUGGGGUAACAAACUCGCUAAUAAAAAGAUCAUUCUCCAUAUAGACAAUCAAGCUGUAGUCGCUAUAAUAAAUAAACUCACUUCUAAAUCAGAGCGGGUCAUGAAACUACUUAGACCAUUUGUCCUUGCUUCUAUGAAUUAUAAUAUUCUGUUUCGUGCAGUUUACAUACCAAGUAAAGACAAUGUAGUUGCUGAUUCAAUUUCUCGUAAGCAGUGGGCCAGAUUCCGACAAGCAGCUCCACAUGCCAGGGAACACCCUUGCCCAGUGCCCCUAUCUUUCCGCAACAUCAUCUCCAGCCUGAGUUUGCUAAACUUUUAGACGCCUCAGUAUCUGAAAACACACAUAAAUCUCAUCGGGCUGGAAUGGCAGCUUAUUACAAAGUAUGUAGACUCAUUGAUUGCACGCCAUGGCCCCCUACAUUAAACUCAGUCGUGCAAUUCGUUUUGCAUUCAUCAUCAUCCGGCCUCGCAUAUGGUACCGUGAGGUCAUACUUGUCUGCCAUUUCAUUUUAUUGUAAAUUGCAGAGUGUUCACGAUCCAACCCCAGAGUUCUUGGUUACAAAGUUAUUGCAGGGCAUGAAACGUUUGAGACAUAAAGUAGAUACUAGACUGCCAAUAACGAAAACAAUUUUGCUAAAUAUUAUUCAAGUUCUGCCCAUAAUAUGUACCAAUGCUUUUGAAACAGCUCUUUUCUCGGCUGCAUUUUCCCUGGCAUUUCAUGGAUUUUUAAGAGUUGGCGAAUUAACAGUUAAUACAAGAGAAGGUGAUCAACAAAACACAAUUCAAUUCGACAAUUUGUCCAUUAAUCACGAAACGCAAUCUCUCUUACUGACUAUCCGGUAUUCGAAAACGGACCAGUUAGGUAAAGGCACAGUACUUCAAAUAGAUAAGCAGGGUGGUGUAGCAUGUCCAUAUCAGCUCAUUACUAAAUACGUCAGCAUCCGUCCAGAGGGUUCAGGUCCAUUAUUUCGACACUUCGAUUUAUCCCCACUCACACGAUAUCAAUUUACGGGGGUACUUUGUA